AUGAGGAAUUUCGAUUACGGGAGUGACGAAGCGGUUCAAGAGUCGAAGAAGGGUGGAGAACGCGAUGCUUCUGUGAAGGCGUCGAAGGCAUCGAAGACAAGGCGGGGAACUUCGUAUGGGUCGCCUGCGUCAUCUCCGGAGAAGACCACGAGGCGGGGAACUUCAUAUGGUGGGUCGCAUGUGUCUCCUAGACAAUCGAAGAAGCAGAAGGUAAACUCGGAGAAGAGUCUAGGUGAUGACGGUGAUGACAGAGAAGAAUUUCUCCAGAUUGUGGUAAAUAAAGAAAAGGAAUUUGGGGAUAUAGGUGAUGAUGGUAGAGAAGAUGAGAACGGUAUUGCUGGCAUUGAGGAAGUUGGUUGUACAGAUUUGAGUCUUUAUUUUGGUGAUAAAGCAAAAAAUGAUGACUGUGAGGUUGAUGAAGACGAAGGGGAUGAUGAUGCAUGGGAUGAUGAUAAAAUCCCUGAUCUUGUGUCAUCAGAUGAUGAGAAUGAAGAGGAGAUGAUACCUGCGCAAGCUUACAGAGAAGACACUGAUCCAGAGGAGCUCCUUCAGCUAGGCAAGACAUUUUCAGAUGCUGAGGACUUCAAACAUGCUUGUCUCAGGUAUACCCUGAAAACCAGAUACAACAUCAAGUACUACAAAUCCGGUAGCUUGAAGAUGGGGGCAAAAUGUGCUGCUGAGAUGAGAGAUAAUGAGGCUCCAUGUCCCUGGAUGGUCUACUGUUCGUAUGAUAGGAGGAAACAGAAGUUAAUGGUAAAGACAUACGUCAAUGACCAUAAGUGUGAGAGGACAGGGUAUUCCAAGAUACUUAAGAGGCCAGCAAUUGCAAGUCUAUUUGCUGAGAGGUUAAGGCUGAAUCCUAAGCUCACAGCAAAGGAGAUACAUGCUAAGAUCUUGAGGGAGUAUAAGAUGGAAAUUUUAGAAAACUCAUGCAUUAAGGCCAAGAUGAAGGUGAUGAAAGAAAGGAGGAAAACCCAUGAAGAGCAUUUUGAUAAAAUAUGGGAUUACCAAGCAGAGAUAUUGAGGAGCAAUCCUGGAUCAACCAUGGACAUUGAGACCAUACCAGGAGCCACGGUUGGAAGCAAGCAGAGGUUCUACAGGCUCUACAUGUGUUUCCAAGCACAAAAGGAAGCAUGGAAGAAGACUUGUAGGCCUGUUAUUGGCUUUGAUGGAGCCUUUUUAAAAUGGGACAUCAAGGGACAGUUGUUGGCUGCGGUUGGAAGAGAUGGAGACAAUAGGAUUGUCCCUAUUGCUUGGGCUGUAGUGGAGAUAGAGAAUGAUACAAACUGGGAUUGGUUUGUGAAGCGUUUGGCCUUGGAUUUGGGAUUGGAAGAUGGGAACAACUUUGUUAUAAUGUCUGACAAACAAAAGGGAUUAGUGAAGGUAGUUCAUACCCUCCUUCCAGAAGCUGAGCAUAGACAGUAUUGUCGCCAUAUAUACGAAAACUGGAGGAAAGGUGGAAAAGAUCUAAGGUUACAGAGGUUCUUCUGGUUCAUUGCAAGGAGCUACACUCCUGGUAUGUUCAACUACAACAUGGACGAGCUUAAGAACUAUGAUCCUGGCGCACAUGCAUCUCUGAUAAAGACAAAGCCAGAGACUUGGUCUAGAGCUUUCUUCAAGAUAGGCUCCUACUGCAAUGAUAAUCUGAACAACUUGUGUGAGUCCUUCAACAAGACCAUCAGGGAGCCUAGGAAGAAGCCUCUGCUAGACAUGUUAGAGGAGAUAAGGCGCCAAUGUAUGACUAGGAACUACAAUAGGUCUAAGAUGGCUAAGGACAUGAAGACUAGGUUCACCCAGAAGACACAUAAAUAG